GAUAAUUAAAUGGCAGCACAUGGUUGUUGUGAUUUUUGGACAGACGGCUGUUCGUGUAAAGACUUCAGUGGGAAAUUUAAUUUUUCCACAUCAUCAUCAUCAUCAUCAUCAUCAUCAUCAUCAUCAUCAUCAUCAUCAUCAUCGUGCUCACAGGAGAGAGGAAGCGCUGUCAGGCUGCAGCCUCGGAGCGACCCGCAUAAACACAGCACCUCUCGGCCGUGGAAAGGACACCUCCGCUCCGCGCACGUCCACAUGUUUGCGUAAACGCGCGCCUCGGAUCCUCAUCAGACUUUCUCCUCUCUGUGACUCAGAUUCAUUAACAAAACAUCGCGCUCAUUCAUUCAGUCAAUUCCUUCGCUUUUAUAUAUUUUUUUUUUUUUACAUUGUUUGGUGGGAUUAUCAAUGCCAGCUCCAUGUGGAUACCAGGAGAAUUAGCGAUCAUUGCAAUUCUUCUCCAGUGCUGCCUCCAUGCGGAAGCCAUUCCACCUGAAUGCGACCCAAACUACAUUUUGCUCCAAGAUGAGGUGACCUGUUUGGAGCUGCUCGAAGCCAACAGGAGCUCCCUCAGCCCAGGAAAACAAGAGUGCAGCGGCUGGUGGGAUCAUCCGAACUGUUGGCCCCAUGCUGAGGUUGGAGAAGUCGUAUCUCAGCCCUGUCCCAGAUUCCUACACGCUACAGGACGAGUGUUCAGGAACUGUACAGAGCAGGGUUGGACAGAGCUUUACCCUCCACAUGAGAUAGCAUGCGAGUAUGGAUUAAACGGAAGCCUCCCUCUAGAGGUGUUCAGGUCCCAGAGUUACUUCCUGUAUGUGAGGAUCAUGUACUCUGUGGGCUACGCCGUGUCUCUCGCCUCCCUCAGCCUGGCUGUUUCCAUCCUCUGUCUCUUCAGGAGGCUUCACUGCACGCGCAACUUCAUUCACGUCCAGCUCUUCCUCUCCUUCAUCCUCCGAGCAGCGUUCAUCUUCAUCAGAGACACGGUUCUGUUCUCGACUGACGACCGUUUUCACUGCGGCGUCUAUCCGGUGAGUUGUAAACUUGCAACGGUGCUGUCUAACUACUGCAUCAUGGCCAACUACAGCUGGCUGCUGGCUGAAGGCCACUUCCUGUACAGCCUGGUCAGCGUCUCACUGUUCUCCCACACGAGACACUUGUGGUGGUACAUCAUCUUCGGCUGGGUCUAUUUGAGUUCAGCCUCGUCACAGACAGCUUGGAUCCUGUGUGAAUAUGAUUCGAAAACAUAUUCAAGCUCUCCAACGAUUGUUAUGAUCGGCUGGAGUUUUGCCAGGUACCUCCAUGAAGACGAAGGCUGCUGGGAGACGAGCAGGAGCGAGUGGAUCUGGUGGAUCCUCAGACUUCCUGUCCUGCUCUUCAUCACAGUGAACUUGUUAUUCUUCCUGUGUAUUAUAAGAAUACUGGUGGCCAAGCUGAGGACACAAGGCAUGUCAGGCUGUGAGUUCAACCACUACAGGAAACUUGCCAAGUCAUCAUUUCUCCUGGUGUCACUCUUCGGCUUACACUACGUCCUCUUUGCUUUCCUUCCACACAAAGUCAACAACAAGACCUAUGAAAUCUGCAACUUUAUUGAACUGGCUUUUGCCUCCACUCAGGGGUUUGUUGUAGCAGUUCUGUACUGUUUCCUGAAUGGAGAGGUGCAGAAUGAGAUCCAGAGGAGGUGGCGGAGGUGGAGGCUGAAGGAGCGUCUGCCGGUGGAGUCCAGAAGACAGUGCGGCUCCAUGAGCCAAAGUGGGGGCGGCCCCACCAACGUCACUCUGCUCAUCAAAGCAGCCACAUCACCCGAGUCUGACCUGGCAUAGCAGGAAGCUGGGGGGACUGUACAAGACCACUGAGGUCAAAUCCAAGACCAAGUCCACAUUGGGUCCAGAGGAGACAGAGACCAUCAGCUGCUAGCUGAGACCUGAGCAAACAGAGUCCUGUUCAAUAACGAAAUAUGCAAUAAACCAAACAUAUUUUUUCAAAAGUAAAGAUAAUACUGAGUUCAUUAGCAAGAAAGCUCUCUGCAUUCAGGUUUAAGGACUGUUGCACACACAGGUCUCUGUAGGAGAAAUCCCCACAAACUGCUGGGAGUGCUGGGAGAAGUUAGACAUCCGUGGAAGAAUUAAUUUUUAGCCACUUAGAUCCAGACUGAAAUAUCUCAACAAAUAUUGUAUGAAUUGCCAUGAAAGUUGACAUUCAUGGUGCUCAACGGAUGAAUUCUACUGGCUUUGGUGAUCCACUGACUUUUUUUAUCCAGCGCCACCAGCAGGUCAAAGUUUACACUUAUCAAGUAAAAAAGUAUCUCAACAUAUACUAGAUGGAUUAGCAUAAAAUGUUAUACACACAUUUGUGGUUCCUAGAUGUAUAAUAAUGACCCAAUGGAUCCGCUAGAGGUGGAAAUUACAAAUCACUUAUUAAUGUUAUUGAACAUAGAAGCCCAAACAUAGAAGAUCCCAUAUGUUUACAUUAUGACCACCGUUUUUUUCUAUUAUAUCAACUUUGUUUCCGAGAAAUCAUGUUUUGUCCGUGAUACAACUACCACAAUACCAAUGACCCUCAGCCGCCGUUGCUAUGGAGAAGAAGCCAGUCAGAGGUGGCAAUCGGAGCGUGAUGAAUUCAAAACGCUGUUGUCUUUAAAUUAAGAGUGAAUUAAUUUACACUGUUGUCCGCCUGCUGUUAGGGGAACAUGCAACUAACUUUAAAUGUUAUAUUGGAGUUAUCGUAAUUAUGAGUUUCCAACUUGUAAAUAGUGUUCACGUCAGCAACAAGUCAUACUUAAAGCUGCAACCAGCGUUGGUUGGGACCUCGCACUCUG